AUGCGUUCCCUCGCCUCGCUACUCCCGCGCGCCCUACGCAUCCCCCUCCCGCAAACCUCCACCCGCUCCUUCACCCUCUUCCCCUCAGCGAACAGCCGCGCGCACACAAACCGGCUCUUCGACAACGUCCGCCAACCGCAGGACCUGCACACGCUGACGCUGCUCAAUGCCGCCGACAACCGCAGCCUGAUUACCUUCUGGAGCGCGAGUUGGUGCCAGACGUGCCAGGCGGUGAAACCGCUCGUCAAGGAGCUGAUUGAGGAGGAGAGGAUUGGCGAGAGGGAGGGGGGGUUGGGCUUUGUGGAGGUGGAAAUGGACAGCACCCUAAUCGGAGACCUGCCCAUCACGUACCGUAUCUCGAGUAUGCCGACGCUGCUGGCCUUUAGCAGGCAGGAGGCGCAGUUUGACACUGUGCUGAGAAGGCCCGAGGAUAUGAAGAACAAGGAUUUUCUGCGCGAGUGGCUGCUCACCGAGGCGCGGAGGGGUGGGCGGAAAGGCGGAGGCGGUGGAGGUGGCUUGUUCGGUUGGUAG